AGAUUUUCGAAUGUUUGGGCUGUCAGCCGAAUGAGCCCAACUCCAACUCGAAACUCCUCUCCACUUGAUCCGUCGUGUGCUCUCAACGAGCUCGACUGCAAUGGUCUCAUGGUUAUUUUAGAAAAGAAAAAUCACGAUCUUGAGCUUGCGGCUAAGAUUGGCCAAUCGUUGUUGGAGCAGAACAAAGAUCUUCAGACAAAAAAUGAGUUCCUCGAGGAGAGUGUCAACAAGAACCUGGACACAAUUGUUCAACUGAAACAUGAGCUUAAUCAACGAAUUGAGCUACUCAGGGUCUACUCACAUUUAGAUGAUGAUGGUUUACCAAGGUCAAACAGCGACGAGGCACUCCGAGAACGGCUUAAAUCCACAAAAUCGGAAAACGAGAGACUUCGCCAAGAAUGUGAUCUUCUCCGGCAAGAAUCCGCUAUAGUCACUGCUCAGAAGAAUAGUUCAUACCUGCUAGAAAAACAGUUGGAUUACACAAAUGACAAAGUGAUCAGCUUGCAAAAGUUGAUUGAACAAAAAACAACAGAACUCAAUCAACAAUAUGAGAACACUGGAAAGCUGAUGAAUGAACUGGCGGAUAAGGAUAAGAAAGAAAGAAUGAUCUCAAUGGAAAAAGAAGAAAUGGGUGCGAUACUCAUUGAGAUGAUCCAAAGACAUGACACAAUGCAAGCUGAGCACAAAGAGAUGCAGGAUCAAUACGCGGAGCUCAUGGCUAAUUUUGCGGAAACUGAAUCCGAGUUGAAUAAGCUCAGAAGUACCGGGAACUUAAGAAUGUCUUAUGACUCUCUCUAUGACUCCCUUGCGUCUGAAAUGGAAAACUCCGAGUUUUCACCAGCGGGUCGCACAACACAAUUGACAGUUCUUACGGGGAGAGAUAGCUAUGCAAAUGAUAGUGGAAUUGAUGCAGGUGGUCCAAUGAGCUUGGCAGCUGAGAUUGAACACUCAGAAAAGUAUCAAAUUCCCUCGAUCGCAGAGCCUAUCUUUGCUACCUCAUCAAAACUGGCGGCUCUCUGUGAUGCGAGCACUUCAUGCACAGAUAUCUAUCGUGAUUCUACUCCAACGAUACAGGACGACGAUGUCACAACUCCUUCGGUCUCUGGCAUUAACGCACAUUAUGCUGAGACCAACCAACUUAGCUUCCCCAGCGAAGAAGCCGUGUCCACACCGAUUGUGGCACGAAAGUAUAUCCCGUGUAGCAGCCCGAGUAAGAGCAAUUUGAGCAAGUUACAACGGUUGCAUAUAGGUAAUCGUCCACAUGCUCAAAGUUUCGAUGUUCCAUCUACAACUAUUUAUGACGCAUCGUCUUACGCAGAGUCAAAACUAGGACAACCGGGAAUGCCUGGAACUCGUGAUCUGGAUAUCUCCUUGAAAGUAAUCAAGGCUAGGGAAGAGGUGCAAAAAGAGUUUGCGGCGUUUUGUCAGCGGAAAGGUAUCGAUCAGCAACAGUUUUUCGGUUCUCAGGACCGUCGUCAAUCAAAUGAAACAUCAUGGAUGGAUUUCAGUGCUGCAUACGGAGUCAGAAUGAUUCAGAGUCUGAAACCAAGACAUGCCGAACAGUCAUUAGCAUUGGGUCUCAGACAAGGAGUGUUGACGAGAGCAGAGCUUCUCACGUCUCCAUCAACAUCACCUCAACAUCGAAGUUUAUCACUCUCAUUAUCACCUGGAACAUCUGACGGUGGUCUCACGAAAAUUGGUGCAAUCCACGGUGUUUUAUCAAGAAGAUAAAGGAAAAUGGCUUUUACUUUAACAAAUGUUUCCUCUCAAUUUCUGAAUACAUGUACAUUUUUUAAAAUGAUUCGAUUUGUUCUACCCCCACUCCACCUAAUUUUUGAAUUGAAAUUUCACUAAUACUUAUUUGAAAAAUACUUAAGAAAUUAGAGCUUUUAACUUGAUUUUUUUUGUUUUUAUUUGUUUUAAACAGCUAGAAAUUUAGUGUCUUGAAAUGUGUGUAAACCGGUUUUUGCUUUUAAGCCAAAUGUUUGACUUUUUUGGAAUUUAAAUUGUAUUGAAAUUAUGUAUCGUUAAUAAAUUUCGAAUUUCUCAAUGAAAAAUGGCGAAAGGUGGUAAU